AUGUCGGUCACGCCGCGAGUCGCGCAACGAGCUAUGGGUGCGCUUGUUCAAAAGCGGCCUGCAAAAUCAGUAUCGACGUGCAGCUUCCUGAAAGCCCGAGCAAUCCCCUCUCCGUCGAUUUCGCCUGUCAGAACGGCAUCUCGGAAGUUUGAGUGCAGGUCUGGGAGCUCCGGAAACAGCUUCAACCACACCCUGAAGCUGACGCCCAACGUCGAAGGGAUCCGUCACAAAUCCAAAAAGUCCACAGCGAAGAAAACGAAUGUGACACUUCCAGCUUCCGAGGAUGGACCGGCCGGAGCAUCAGAAAGUCGAAAAGGCUCUUCAGGAUCCAAAUCCUUCAACGUAGGUGGCGUGAACAGCAAGAAGAGAAGCGCUUCCGGUCGAACAGAGGAGGACUGGAACGAGGUUUUGGAUACUGAGGAAGCUUUCGAUGCUGAUCAAGUGCGAGAGAAUAUGAGCAGAAGCGUCAAAAGAGCCAAAGACACCGUAGCCCAGAUGGUCGGAAGCUUUGGAAGAGUCGACCCCGGUCAGUACAAUGGGCCUGGCAAUCGCAUCAGCUUUGACUCGAUGUGGGAUGUAUGCGCAUCCAUAGCUGAUCAUAUUUAUCGUGUCUACACCAUUCCAGCACUCCUCGACCCCGUCCGCGUGCCUCUUUCUGGAACUGGAAAUUCAAAGGGCGAAGACUAUCCCUUGAGAGAGGUGGCUACAGUGGGCGUUCGCGAUGGCGCGCUGCUCGUUACUUGUUUCGAUCCAGAGGUGAGCACAAGAAUAGUUCCAAGGCAGACUAAUAACAUUCCGUCUGACAAGUAGCAUACAUGCGCUAUUUGCGAUGCCCUCUUGCUAUUGCAGUACGUCAAGGCGGUUGAGCGAGGAAUCUACAUGGCGGAUCUAGGCUUGACGCCGCAACAAACGGGCGAGGAGGGUGUCCUCCGCAUUCCUGUUCCGCAGUAAGUCCCAUUUCGUGGUUUGGCGCGCAUCAGCUGAUUCGACCACACCAUCCACUGCUCUCGUGAAUUUUGUGAUGCCUCAGACCGAAUACGGAAUCCCGUCAAAAUCUUCUCAAGCAGAUCUCAAACAUUUGCGAGAAUGCCAGGACGUCGAUACGAUCUGCACGGCACAUAGCUCAGAAGAAGAUCAGAGCAGACGAGAAGAAUAAAGUGGUUGGAACAGAAAUCGGUAGGAACGAUCAGAAAUCCGUAAGUUGCUGCCAAUGUCAGCCGUCUCUGCUCAUGCUUCGCUGGCCAGGCAUGCGCAGCGCUUCGCGGUGCCUUCGAGAAGAGUGUUGCGCAUGGUCUAAUGACCGCAGCUAGAACAGUCGAUGCUGACCCGGCCUCUCUCAUCCUCUCGUCUGCUUUUUAGCUUGACGAAACAACAAAAAAGUUCACCGCCGAGGUGGACACCGUCUUUGAACAGACCAAGAAGAAGCUUGAGAAAGAUGGCUUGUGA